UGCGCCGGCCGGCCGAAGCCGGAAGCGGCUGCUGUCGGAAGCAUCGGGCGGGCGAUCUGGUACUGGCCGGCCCGGUGAUGGCCGGGGACGCGGGGCUCGCGCACCGCAGCGGGUGGCCGUGGCGGUGGCUGCCCGCGCUGCUGCUGCUCCAGCUGCUGCGGUGGAGGUGCGCCCUGGGCGCGCUCCCCUUCACCAGCAGUCGGCACCCAGGCUUUGCGGACCUGCUGUCGGAGCGGCAGCUGCUGGAGGUGCAGGACUUGACCCUGACUCUGCUGCAGGGCGGAGGUCUGGGGCCGCUGUCACUGCUACCCCCGGACCUGCCGGAUCUGGAGCCGGAGUGCCGGGAGCUGCUGAUGGACUUCGCCAAUAGCAGCGCCGAGCUGACCGCCUGUAUGGUGCGCAGCGCUCGGCCCGUGCGCCUCUGCCAGACCUGCUACCCGCUCUUCCAACAGGUCGCAGUCAAGAUAGACAACAUCAGCCGAAAUGUCGGGAAUACUUCUGAGAGCCAGCGCUGUGCCGGAAGUCUCCUGACAGCAGACCGAAUGCAGAUAGUUCUCAUGGUCUCUGAGUUUUUCAACAGCACGUGGCAGGAAGCGAACUGCGCAAAUUGCCUAACAAACAAUGGUGAAGAUUUGUCAAAUAACACAGAGGACUUCCUCAGUCUGUUUAACAAGACUUUGGCUUGCUUUGAGCAUAACCUGCAGGGGCACACCUACAGCCUCCUCCCACCAAAAAAUUACUCCGAAGUAUGCAAAAACUGUAAAGAGGCAUAUAAAAACCUGAGCCUCCUGUACAGUGAGAUGCAGAAAAUGAACGGCCUUGAGAACAAGGCGGAGCCUGGGACGCACUUAUGUAUCGACGUGGAAGACGCCAUGAACAUUACUCGGAAGCUUUGGAGUCGAACCUUCAACUGUUCGGUCACCUGCAGCGACACGGUGUCCGUGGUUGCUGUGUCAGUGUUCAUUCUCUUCCUGCCUGUUGUCUUCUACCUCAGUAGCUUCCUUCACUCAGAGCAAAAGAAACGCAAACUCAUUCUACCCAAACGUCUCAAGUCAAGCACCAGUUUUCCCAACAUUCAAGAAAAUUCCACCUGAAGCCUGCAAAACAGGGACUCGACCUCACAUCGUUCCAGUAAGUGGCUAGACACUUGGAGAAGAUGAUGAGCCAAGGUCCAACAAGUCACUCUCAUGAAAUGCUGGGACUACAGACCUAUAAUUUAUUCUGAUUAAGGGUUCUCAAAUUCCCUUUUCCUGAGCACCCCAUUUUUGAAGAUUUCUGUAUUUUUAAUUUUCAAACACAACAAUGUUACAUAUUUUAAGGUAUAUCUGUUACAGUAACAAGUGAGGGCUUUUUUUUUUCAGGCAUAUGAAUGACUACUUGCCACUUCUGAUUUAUCCUCAUUAACAGAAGUACACAAAACAAACAGCUGAGGUCUGCCAUUUACACAUGAGUCACUGGGAGCAGACUCUGAAAAAGAAACAUACUUGCCAAAUGUAGCAGGCUCAAUGAUUAACUUAAAUGAAUUCCCAUUGCAGUAUUGUUGUAUGUAUAUAAAUACACACAUACACACACACACAUACACACAUAUAUAUAUGUAAUGUAUAUUUAAUAUAUCAUACAUUAAAAUAAUGUUCUCUAGUUCCCUUAAGUAACUUUUGAAACCACUAGUUGAUUAUAAACCUCCUUAACAGUUUUCAGAAAGCAAUGCCACAUUAUACAUUUACCUUUGUUAAAGAUUUACGGUAACUGGGUUUCUAAUAUGACUUUUAUAAAUACUAUUUUACAUCUUAUUUUUGCCUUUAUUUUAUAAGUAAUUUAAAAUCACUGGAUUGUGUAAUUAUCUUUGAGGACAAGAUGGAUUCAUCUUAUGCCAGGGAUUUGCAUCAUGAAUUUCAUUAAGUUAUUAAGCAACCUGUAACUUAUUAGUAGCUUAAGUCAAAUGUAGCCCAAGUGUGUCACUGUGUUUAAAUUUGUGACUUUUAAUGAAAAAUUUAUCUUGGAAUAUUUGGAGAUUUGGGGAGAAACGGGAACAAAUAUAAGAGCUUAAAUUUCAGAAAAUAGACAAGGACCUGAGCAGAUGUUCACUGUAAGACAGCCAGGUGGUUUAUACUGGAGAUGAAUUGGUUGACAGGCUCACACAGGAAGUCCCCCAGUUAUGGGAAGGAUCAAAGCCACAUGACUGAAAUGAAAUUACACAUCUAACUGUCAGGAAACUAGUUCUGCUUUGAAAUAUUUCCAGCAACUUUUAAAACAAUGCUUGUUCCAGUGUCUUUCAGUUUUAUUUCUCAGUCUACAGGAGUUGAUGGUUUUGUCAGUUAAUUCGGUGGAAAUGGGCUUUGUUGUAAAGGUUGUGUGUGAAUGCGCGGGCUCCUUGGGUUCAGGGGUUAAGAGAACGUGAAUCCCGUCACAGCCUGCAAUUGCUCUAGAGGGAGACAGGAACAUCUGGGUAUUUUUGUAUGUUUACCACAUAUGCAGAGUGUGAGAGCAGGCUCUUCCCAGAGUGUGUCACAUGGGGUAUGUGACAAUCAGAUGAUGAUGUGAUCCACUAAAUGUGCUGUCACUGUUCCUGCGGCUGUGACUAAAGGCACUGUCUUGAUUUGAAGCACAUGGUUGAGGGCCAUUGAAAGCCAUCUUCAUCAAUACAUAUAAAGCCUGUUUACAUGUGCAAAGUUGUCAAAGCGACAUAUUUAAACUGCAAGUAGCGACUCCUCGGGCACCUUUCAGGACUGUGUGUACAAAUCACUGCUUUUGGAUAAGAAGUUGGAGAGCACUUUAACAAGCCAGCCAGCCCUGUUCCUGAUCAGGGCCCAGCUCUCUAGAAGUUGCAUCAGAAGUAGAUUUGAAAAUGUGCUGAAGAAUUUCACCUCGUGGUCCUAUAAAAUAUGUACAUAGUUCUGAAUCCUGAGACACAUAGGGUUAUGUGUGUACACAAGAAAACCUGUUUUUUCCGUACGCUUUACAAUAAAGGAAAUAACCAGGAAAACUCUAA